CAUGGGAAUGUUGAUCUGACGCUCUUACAUCUACACACGGCCAGAGAAAAAGGUUUACAGUGAAGUCAUAAUCCCCCUUUUUUUUAAAGAGGUUUUUACUUAAACAAGAAGAAUCUGUGUGCAGAACCUGUCUUCGAAAUGAUUACAGAUUCUAAAGUAAGAAGGAAAAACACUUUCCGACGUCACCUCGAUGCCUUAAAGGGGUCACUUUGUGCAUGUGCUCGGUUUUUAAGUUGUAAAACUUACAUAAAUGGUUCCUUUGUUUGAGGAGAACGAUGCAAACUUUUGUAGUUUUUGCAGAAAUGUCACUUUUCAGCAUCGUUUUCGGUGUGCAAAAUUGGUACGUUUGAUGCUCGAACAUGCAGAAGAAGUACUCAAGAGUGUGGAAAUAAAUCUUAAUAAGGUAAAAGAACAAGAGGAUUAACAUCAAAAUAUGUUUAAAGUCUCAAAAGGAAAGACAUUGAUAUGCAGAAAGGUCCACUUCAGAAUAAUAGUGCAGUAAGUGAUGCAUAAAUUAACUUUCUUUAUUGCUCAUUAGGAAAUCUGCAGAGUAAGCAAACACAACAAGGAGGUGAAGGAAGUGCAUGGACUCAAAGUUUAAAAGAUGUAUGAAUACCUCAAGAUUGUGCUCACUCAGAGACUUUAAAGUUUAUUAUGGUGAUAAUAUUUCUUUAUUUUUGUCUUUGUGAUGUCCUUUAAUUUCAUAUCUGGAGUUUUUUUCCAUCACUUAAAGUAUAAAAGUACUCUUGAUGGUUAUUUAAAUUCAUAUAAGAAGACUGCGUGUCAUGGAAAAUGAGAAAAAACAGCUGAAAGAUUAAAGUAUUACCCGAGACUGUAAAUGUGGCCCCCAGGUCUCGGACUGUGGACUGAGAAAUUAGUGUUGCUGCCUUUCUGCCAAUCAGCAUUAAUUUUAAAUCCCACAGAGUCUGAAUGCUUUCAUAACUUGGACGAGCAGUUUGAACCUUUCCUCGCUUUGAGCUGCAGGUUUUCUUUCAUCAUGGCGAGCUGGUGGAGCUCCGAGGGUGUGGACCUGGAGGAGGACUCGAUCGUGUCGCGGGUGAUCCAGGCAGUCGGCCUGUUUGGGGAUAUUCUGACGUUAGAGGACACUAUGGAGCCUUUUCUGUCUGACAUUGAGAGAGGGGACAAGGCUGAAGAGAAAGGAACAGGUGGACGGGAAGAAGAAGAAAUGUUAAAGGACAAGGAAGAGCAGGAGGUUCAAAAUGAUCACAAUAAAGAUGACGGUGGAAAGGAGAGUGAAGAAGAAAAUUUGCAGAGGGGAGAAAACCUGAAAGAAGUGGAAAAAGAAAGCAAACAUGAUGGAAAUAUUAAAAAGGAGGAAGAAAAGCAGGAAAAGCAAAAAGAAGAGAAGGAAAACCAAACAAAAAAGGUGUUGCUGAAGGACACUGAGGGAGAGAAGGAAGGAAAUAUGGUGAAAGAGGAAGCAGACAGAAGUGUGGAGACAGAAUCAAAGACUGAAAAACAGGAGGAGGAAGAAACAGAGGUCGAGGAAAAGGUUGAGAUGCAAGAGCAGGUGCAAGAAAAUGAGGAGGAGGCAACCAUAGAUGAAAGGCAGGAUGGGGUGCAGAUUUCAAGAGAAAGGAUGGAGGAGGACGAAGGCGUGGGUAGGAUAAAAGAGGAAGAACCAGAGAGGGAGGAAGAAAGACAGGAUGAGGAGGAGGAUUGGGAGCAAAUCAAGGGAAAGGACGUUUUGGAAACGGAGAUGAGAAAAGAAGCAGCAAGGAAAGAAAAGGAGGAAGAAGAUGAGAAGAACAAAGUGGAGGAGUGUGAGGUGGGAGCAGAAGAUGAAGAGAAAGAGCCAAAGAAUCAGGAGGAAGGGGAGGCGAUUAAGAAUGGAAGAGAAGACGAAAAUGUAGAGAAAGAGAAGAGCCGUGAUGAAGAAGAGGUUGAGGAAAGAGGGGAGACGGAGGAAGAAGUUGAUGAAGACAGGAAAGAAAAGAGAGGGGAAACAGAGGAAGAGAAAGAUGAACAAGAACAAAAACAGGUGGAUGAAAAAGGAAACAAGGAGUUGGCGGAAGUAAAACAAGAACAACAGGUUGUUGGAAAAGAAGCAGAGGUUGACAAACCAGCGAUAAGAAAGGUGGAGAGAGAAGAGCAAGCACGAAGGAUUGAUGUGAAAGAGGAAAAGAUGGAAGAGAGGGUUGAGAUGGUGGUGAAGAAAGAGAGGGAGGAGGAAGAACAACAGAAGGAUGGAGAAGAAGAAAAGAUGGAGGUGGAGGAAAAUGUUGUAAUGAUGGUUGAGGAGGAAAUGAUGGAGGGGGAGGAAGAAAAGGAGGUGGAGAGAGAACAUAAAGAAGAAGAGAUAACUGGAGAAGAGGAGCAAGAGCCUGUCGCUGUAAGAGAAGAAGAAAUGCAGGCUUUGGUAAACAGAGAAGAAAAUGCAGAAGAAGAAGAAUCACAUGAUGAGACAGAAUCCCAGAAAUCCUCCCCUUCAUCACCUCCCCAGACCUCUGCAGACACUCUGAGGGCUAAUGGAGCAGAAACAGGAGGUGGAGCUCACAGAGACGACUCAGGCGCUGCCAAAAACCACAACGGGGACGUUUCCCCCGCCUCGGUGAGCGGGGACAAAGAGGAGCAGGGAGCUCCAACACAAACUGUUUCUCCGACAGACAUCAUCGUGCCUCCUCUCCACGGCACUCUGAACCUGAGAUACCUCACAGACGAGGAGAUCCAGAGUCUGGAGGAGCGAUUCUUAACGCUGUCAGUGACAUCACUUCCUGCUCCAGGUGAUCUUGUUGAAGUGGCAGAGGAAGCAGGGGACGAGGACACCUGGGAGAUCAUACCUGAUCUACACACAGAUCUGCAGGCCUUGGAUUACAGCUGGACGAUGUCGAUGGAAGCAGGAGGACCAGAAAGCAACGAGCUCAGUCCAGCUCCAAACUCCGCCAGCUCAGGAGACACUGUGAUGGAAGUGAAGGAGGAAAACGGAGACAAAGAUGAAGGAGGUAAAAACUCGAAGCAGAACUCAGGGGCGGGUGCAGCGGACGAAAAGAAGAACGGUCAGCCGUCAAAGUACAAAACUGUCUCCUACAGGAGGAUCCGCAGAGGAAACACCCGACAGAGGAUCGACGAGUUUGAGGCCAUGAUGGACUCGUGAUCAGACGCUUUAAAUAUUGUCGUCAUAUUGUGUUCAGUUGAUCCGGUAGCUGUUUGUAAUCCUUUUGUAGCAGAUGAUUAUCCUUAGUGGUGAAAUAAAUAGAAAAUUAGAGGAUCCAGUAUAAAGCCUUGUGGUACACCAUAUGCAAUGCCUAUACUGAGUUAUAAAAACAUUACUGUCUGAAGCCAGGGGUUUUUUGUUGUUAAGGUAUUCUUGAUCUUUAAAUCACCUCUAUCUUGAUAGCUGGACCUUGUUCAUAUUUUUGUGGGGCCAUUUUUCAGAGGCAAACACAUCUUUUUAGUAAAUUAAAUAUAUAUGAAAUAAAGUGCUAUGUUUUUGUAGUUAAUGUAAAUGUCAUGCUCUUAUAAUCACUUGUGUUAUAUUUUUCAAUGAAUUUGAAUAUAUUAAACAUGCUAA